AUUGCUACUUUUAUUGAUCAGAACCAGUCAAACUUGCUAAAGACAGAGAGCUUGCUAUGAGCCACCACUUCAAAACAAGUCACCUGUUCUUAUAUAAGAGGCCAUUUGAUCAGAAGUGUGAAUGUGGUGACUUGCUUUGAAGUGGUGGCUCAUAGCAAGCCCUCUGUCUUUAGUAAAAUGCUUUUACUCACAUUUUCCACUAGCUUGUGGACUGAUCUCUCUUUCGUCCAGUUCUACAUAGCCCUUGGUGGAUCUUCCAAAUACACACACACAGUCACUCCUGCUCAAAAUUCCUCAUGUUACUUCUCCACUUUCAUGAUACAGUCCACAUUCCUUGGCUUGUUUUAAAAGGCCCUUAGUUGGUGCCUAGCUGUUCCUGGGCUAGAAUUGAAGCUCUGUGUGAGCAGAGCCCAGCACCUAGCCCACUGUCUGAGUGAACAAAUGGGGGAACCCUCUCCGCACUUGCUCCUCUCACUUCAGCCCCGUCUGCAGGACGACCCAGUUCUCUGCUUGGAGAAGUUUUCCUGUGUUCUGUCUGCUGUGCACACUGCUGUGUCUCCUGCUGUGCUUUGUCCUGCCUGGCACCCUGGCAGGCCUCCCUCAUGCUGUCAGCAUUUCUGGGAAUCCAUCCCUGGGCAUCCUCUGGGGCACUCCUUUCCCUUCAUUACAUGGCUCCCAUAUAGAACUCCACAGUGGCACUGCUCGAUUGCAUUGUCAUUGCUCACCUGUCUGCGCCUCACUAGACUGUGUUUCUUCUUCCCAGGUUCUCAGACUCGGUCUAACACUAUGGAUCAAGUAGGUGGAUGAAUGAUGGACGGAGCUCCCUGGAAUCCAGCUCUUUGCCUUGUGGGGAAAUUCAAUAAGCACAAGCCAUGGAUCGAGACUUCAUAUCAUGGAGUCAUAACCGAGAACAAUGACACAGUCAUUUUGGAUCCACCACUGGUAGCCCUGGAUAAAGAUGCACCGGUUCCUUUUGCAGGGGAAAUCUGUGCAUUCAAGAUCCAUGGCCAGGAGCUGCCCUUUGAGGCUGUGGUGCUCAACAAGACAUCAGGAGAGGGCCGGCUCCGUGCCAGGAGCCCCAUUGACUGUGAGUUGCAGAAGGAGUACACAUUCAUCAUCCAGGCUUAUGACUGUGGUGCUGGGCCCCGCGAGACGGCCUGGAAAAAGUCACACAAGGCCGUGGUCCAUAUCCAGGUGAAGGAUGUCAAUGAGUUUGCUCCCACCUUCAAAGAGCCAGCCUACAAGGCUGUUGUGACGGAGGGCAAGAUCUAUGACAGCAUUCUGCAGGUGGAGGCUGUUGAUGAGGACUGCUCCCCCCAGUACAGCCAGAUCUGCAACUAUGAAAUCGUCACCACAGAUGUGCCUUUUGCCAUCGACAGAAAUGGCAACAUCAGGAACACUGAGAAGCUGAGCUAUGACAAACAACACCAGUAUGAGAUCCUGGUGACCGCCUACGACUGUGGACAGAAGCCCGCUGCUCAGGACACCCUGGUGCAGGUGGAUGUGAAGCCAGUUUGCAAGCCUGGCUGGCAAGACUGGACCAAAAGGAUUGAGUACCAGCCUGGCUCCGGGAGCAUGGCCCUGUUCCCCAGCAUCCACCUGGAGAUGUGCGAUGGAGCCGUGUCUUCCCUCCAGAUCGUCGCAGAGCUGCAGACUAAUUACAUUGGGAAGGGUUGUGACCGGGAGACCUACUCUGAGAAAUCCCUUCAGAAGUUAUGUGGAGCCUCCUCUGGCAUCAUUGACCUCUUGCCAUCCCCUAGUGCUGCCACCAACUGGACUGCAGGACUGCUGGUGGACAGCAGUGAGAUGAUCUUCAAGUUCGAUGGCAGGCAGGGCGCCAAAAUCCCUGAUGGGAUUGUGCCCAAGAACCUGACCGACCAGUUCACCAUCACCAUGUGGAUGAAACACGGCCCCAGCCCUGGUGUGAGAGCCGAGAAGGAAACCAUCCUCUGCAACUCAGACAAAACCGAAAUGAACCGGCAUCACUAUGCCCUGUAUGUGCACAACUGCCGCCUCGUCUUUCUCUUGCGGAAGGACUUCGACCAGGCUGACACCUUUCGCCCCGCGGAGUUCCACUGGAAGCUGGAUCAGAUUUGUGACAAAGAGUGGCACUACUAUGUCAUCAAUGUGGAGUUUCCUGUGGUAACCUUAUACAUGGAUGGAGCAACAUAUGAACCAUACCUGGUGACCAAUGACUGGCCCAUUCAUCCAUCUCACAUAGCCAUGCAACUCACAGUCGGCGCUUGCUGGCAAGGAGGAGAAGUCACCAAACCGCGGUUUGCUCAGUUCUUUCAUGGAAGCCUGGCCAGUCUCACUAUCCGCCCUGGCAAAAUGGAAAGCCAGAAGGUGAUCUCCUGCCUGCAGGCCUGCAAGGAAGGGCUGGAUAUUAAUUCCUUGGAAAGCCUUGGCCAAGGAAUAAAGUAUCACUUCAACCCCUCGCAGUCCAUCCUGGUGAUGGAAGGUGAUGACAUUGGGAACAUUAACCGUGCUCUCCAGAAAGUCUCCUACAUCAACUCCAGGCAGUUCCCGACAGCGGGUGUGCGGCGCCUCAAAGUCUCCUCCAAAGUCCAGUGCUUUGGGGAAGACGUAUGCAUCAGUAUCCCCGAGGUAGACGCCUAUGUGAUGGUCCUGCAGGCCAUCGAGCCCCAGAUCACCCUCCGGGGCACAGACCACUUCUGGAGACCUGCUGCUCAGUUUGAAAGUACCAGGGGAGUGACCCUCUUUCCCGAUAUCAAGAUUGUGAGCACCUUCGCCAAAACUGAGGCCCCCGGGGAUGUGAAAACCACAGCCCCCAAAUCAGAAGUCUUAGAGGAAAUGCUUCAUAACUUAGAUUUCUGUGAUAUUUUGGUGAUUGGAGGGGACUUGGACCCAAGGCAGGAGUGCUUAGAGCUCAACCACAGUGAGCUCCACCAACGACACCUGGACGCCACUAAUUCUACUGCAGGCUACUCCAUCUACGGUGUGGGCUCCAUGAGCCGUUAUGAGCAGGUGCUACAUCACAUCCGCUACCGCCACUGGCGUCCAGCUUCCCUUGAGGCCCGGCGUUUCCGGAUUAAGUGCUCAGAACUCAAUGGGCGCUACACUAGCAAUGAAUUCAACCUGGAGGUCAGCGUCCUCCAUGAAGACAGAGUCUCAGAUAAGGAGCAUGUCAACCACCUGAUUGUGCAGCCUCCCUUCCUCCAGUCUGUCCAUCAUCCUGAGUCCCGGAGUAGCAUCCGGCGCAGUUCAGUGGUCCCAAGCAUUGCCACGGUGGUCAUCAUCAUCUCCGUGUGCAUGCUUGUGUUUGUCGUGGCCAUGGGUGUGUACCGGGUCCGGAUCGCCCACCAGCACUUCAUCCAGGAAACUGAGGCUGCCAAGGAAUCUGAGAUGGACUGGGACGAUUCUGCGCUGACUAUCACAGUCAACCCCAUGGAGAAGCAUGAAGGACCAGGGCACGGGGAAGAUGAGACUGAGGGAGAAGAGGAGGAAGAAGCAGAGGAAGACAUGAGCUCCAGCAGUGUCUCUGAUGACAGCGAAGAGGAGGAGGAGGAGGAAGGGACGGGCAGAGGCAGACAUGGGCAGAAUGGAGCCAGGCAAGCCCAGCUGGAGUGGGACGACUCCACCCUCCCCUACUAGCACCCAGGGGUCUGCUGCCCGGCCCACAUGUCCCUUUUGUAAACCCUAACCCAAUGUAUGCCUAUGUCUAUCAUACCUCACCUCUGAUGUCUGUGACACGUCUGGGAAGGCCUUCUCCAGCUUCCUGGAGCCCACCCUUUAAGCCUUGGGGACUCCCUGUGUCUCAUCCAUGGGGAAGUUCCAAGAAGCCCAGCAUGGCCAUCAGUGGGGACUUCAGGGUAGACUUUGUCCUGUAGCCCCCACUUCUGCCCUAAGCUCCCCAGCAUCCUGUCUACCUGUCUGCGGAGUCUGCCUUUGCUUUUUCCUGCAGGGAAGAAGGUCCACCUUUGUGUCACUCACCUCCCCAGGCUCAGAGUCCCCAAGGCCCUGGGGUUCCAACUCACUGUGCGUCUCCUCCACACAGACCAGCAGGUCCUCCUAUGCUGACUCCAGGUUGCUUCACACAGGGAAGGUGGUUGGAGCUUCACACACCUAAGGUCUUAGUGCUUAACAGUUUAAAGGAAAGUCCUUGUUGAGGCAGAACUAAGUUCACAGGGAAAGGUACACACAUUCUCUCUCUCUCUCUCUCUCUCUCUCUAGUUCCCCAGCUUGGAGAGCCUUUCCCUUUGCUUCUUUCUGAGGCCACAUAAG